CUUACCACUUUGUCUCCGUGUCUGUUACUGUGUAACUUCGUUAUCUGAGUUGCUUUCUUUAUUACCCUCUAUUAAUUGCUGCUUUGGAUCCUCCAUUCCCUACUUUUCCCUCAUUAAUCUUCCUUUCAAAUCCCACCUCUUUAUUUAAAUUUUGCUACUCUUAUAAAUUCGUCCACGCUUGUAAGCACACCCAUAAAGUUUUUCAAGCAAAUUUCAAGAUUCUUGCUCAUUAACUAAUUCUCAUGGAAGAUUAUUAUUAUUCAAGAAACUAUGUACCAGCUUUCGGAAGCUGGGAUUGGAACAAUGAUCUACCGUUCACUCAAUGCUUUGAAUCGGCUCGACAAGCCGGUUUGCUUCGUUAUAGUUACUCUGAAGAUCGUGAUUUAUACGUUGCUGGUGAUUUGUAUGAUAAUGAUAUUCUUACUCCCGCCAUGAUUGUUGUUCCUCGUCGAAGGGCAAAAGUACGUCAGCCUCGAGUCAAAGAAGAGAAAAAGCAGCAGAAAUGGGAAAUGAAAUUAGACACAUCAAGCCUGAGUUCUGAUGAAAUGAACAGGCCAACUCCUAAACCGGUUGAUGAAGACUUAUACAAAAUUCCACCAGAGCUUCUUUAUGCCAAAACCAAAAAGAAGAGAGGAUUGGGUUUCUUUUCAAGGUGUUUGUUGCCAAGUUGUGUUAUGUGAAGAUUUGGGGUGGAAGAAGAGUACAUAGAAGGGAGAUUAAGAAGAAGAAUAUACUUAAAAAUGAAUUAGUUAUAUAAUAUAGUAUUUAUAAUAUGUGAUUGGGUUCCACUUAAUUAUAAUUAAUGUGGAGGAUUUGUUAGUAUUAUUAGUAUUUAACUAAUUAAGGAGUUUUAUUCCUUUUCUUUUGCUUGAGAA